GCUUAAGGAAAAUUGAAGGCCAAAUAUGUAAAAUAAAAAUAUACACUAUAAAUACUAUAGAAAAUGAAAAUGGGUGUAUAUGUAUUUACCUAUAUACACGUAAAAUUUAUAUUUGCAAAAAGAUAGAUGAUAGAAUGAGAGUAAUGGAUGAAUUAAAGGUACCUCUCUGUCGGAGUAUUAUGGCAGCACGCCUUAUAUAGUGUGAAUUAAUUUUCUAGAGAAGAAGGGAAAAAGUGUUUACGAGAAUACCAAUGGGAACAGUUUGCACUGCGCCUUGGUCCCUCCCUGUCUCCGUACUCGCCCUGUGGCGCCCACAAUGAGGAGGACGAAUUAGACCCUACCGGUGCAGGUACAUCAGAGGUGGGCAUGGCGAGUAGGUGUGGUCGCUACUCUCCUUCUGUCCGUAGCAGAAAGCACCAGUAGAUCACCCUCAGUGCGGAAAUAAAGAGGUGUGGGGAGCCGGUGCGGACAGCUUUGAAAUUCCUGAAUUUGCAGCACUGAACAGCACAAGGUGUAGGCUACCGACAUGCACCCUGAUAUCCAUCUCUCCCUCCUCUUCACACUGCUGCUUUUUCAAGUUCAGCAGGGCACCUCAGUGAUGGAGAUACAAACCAGCCAUGAGAACAUCAUAAAGAUCAAUUCAGCGGGAGAAAUGAUGCAGUGCUCAACAGCCAUGGAUGUCCUCUUUCUCAUGGAUGGAUCUUACAGCGUGGGGAAAGGCAGCUUUGAGAGGUCCAAACACUACGCAGUCAAACUCUGUCAAGCACUAGACAUUGGGCCAGACAAGGUACGAGUCGGCUUGAUUCAGUUUGGUUCUGCUCCCCGGCUGGAGUUCGCCCUGGACUCAUACACCACCAAACAAGAGCUGAAGAAGCACAUUAAGAAGAUUUCUUACAGGGGAGGCGGCACCCAGACAGGCCUGGCUCUAAAAUACGUGCUGAGGAAGGGUUUUCCAGGCGGCCGUAACUCCUCCACGGCGGCCCGGAUCACCGUCCUCUUAUCAGAUGGGAGGUCUCAGGGGAACGCGGUGCAGGCAGCUGCACAGCUCAAAGAGACAGGCGUGGUCUUGUUCGCCGUGGGCCUUCGCUACCCCAGGUGGGAAGAGCUACAUGCUUUGGCCAGUGAGCCGAUGGAGAGCCACGUCUUUUUCGCCGAGCAUUUCCAUGAUGCUGUCAAUGGGCUGUACACCACACUGACCGCCUUCUCUGUCUGCAGUGCCACACCUGCAGGCUGUCAGGUGGAGUUGUUUCCCUGUGAGAGGAAGACACUGGAGACAGUGAAAGAGUUGCAGGGGAAUUUCAUGUGUUGGAAAGGCUCCAAGGGUUAUUCCCCAUACACGUCUCUCUGUCCAUUCUACAGGUACAACAAAGUGUACAAGAGACACCAGACAGUCUGCCAUCGGACUAUCUGUCCAGAUCCCUGUGACUCUCAGCCCUGCCUGAAUGGUGGAACAUGUGUAUCAGAAGGUCCAAAGGGUUACCACUGCGUAUGUCCACCUGGCUAUGGAGGAGACCCACACUGUGCUCCUGCAUUAUCACUGGACUGCUCUGUAGACUUGCUGUUCCUGGUGGAGGGCUCUUCCACGCUCACAUUGGAAGGCUUCCUCCGCCUCAAGUCCUUCUUAAAGCGCUUCCUGCAGACUGUGAUCGGGUCGGACAGCCCCAGUAAAGUUGGCCUGGCGGUUUUUGGCGCAGAGGCAAGAGUCGUGGCCCAGGUGGGGAAGUUCAAAAGGGACCUCAGAGGUCUGCUUAAGGCUGUGGAGGCACUUCAACCAAUCGGCGGCGAGACCCAGACAGGCCAGGCACUUCGUUACGUUACACGUCACGGCUUCGUGAGCGCGCCAGUCUAUGCAGACGUGUCGGACGAUCUGCCCCGUGUGGUGGUACUGCUCACUGCCACUCCCGCUGUUGACGAAGUGGUAGAGCCGUCUAAAUAUGCACGCGACAGAGAGAUCUUCUUGAUAGGAGUGGGACCAGACUACUUAAAGGGACAACUGAAUAAUAUCACAGGAAAUCCCCAGAGGACUAUCACCUACUCAUCACCUGAGUUCAGUGCCAAGAUCCCUGAACUCAGGGCUAAGAUUUGCAGUGUGGAUACACAAGGUUGUCUUGGCCAAGCGGUAGACCUGGUGUUUGCCCUGGAUGCCUCAGGUGGUGUCAGCCUUGAUAACUUUGACACCCUGCGCGACUUUGUGCGCAGCCUCACCGUCCAGUUCGACAUCAACCGUGAUGUGGCUCAAGUGGCACUUGUGACCUAUGGUCGGAGAGCCACCAGCGUCUUCAACCUGGACACCCAUGAGACCGGCUCUGCCAUCCUCAAGGCUGUAGGUGAUGCCAGCUACGUAGGUGGAGUGGCUUCUACAGGCACAGCUUUACUUCAUAUCCACUCCAACGUCCUGACAGUGGCCAAAGGGGCACGGCCCGGAGUCAAUAAGGCUGUGGUGGUGGUGACGGAUGGUUCAGGCGGGGACGACGCUGGUGUCCCAGCUCGAAAGAUAAGAGAAAAUGGAGUCUCACUGUUUGUGAUCGGUAUCGGGGAUGUACAGAGAGAGAGGCUGCUGCAGAUUGCUGGUUCAGAGGAGCACAUGAUCUCUGUGCCGUCUUAUGAGGAUCUCAAGUACUUUGAGGAUGUGCUGGUGCAGAUGCUGUGCUCAGAGGCUAAAAUGCCAGUAAACCUGUGCAAGCCCAACCCGUGUAUGAAUGAUGGGAUCUGCAUCGUGUCCGGAGGGAGCUUCCGUUGUCGGUGCCAAGGCUAUGAAGGACCACACUGUGAAACAAGAAGCAGCAGACCUUCAUCCAGAGGAGAUCUUCCGAGGCCUAGUGGUCUCAGGAAGAACAGCAGGCAGAAGAAGAGCCACCAGGAGCUCUUGCAUCACUACAAACUUCACCGCAGGAGACAUGCUGCCUGAUACAUUAACCCCAUAGAAACAUGUCACUUAUGGACACCAAGGGUGUUUGUGGGUACACAGUGGAGUAAAAGGGAAAACUAAUAUUACUGUUUCAAUAUUUAAACUUGCACUCGAACUUCAACAAGUGCCUUCCAACUCUAUAUAUUUCUACCGCAGUGUUUUUGUUUUUCUUGAAUUUGUCAGCCAUCACUGUACUCACUGUUGUGCAGCGUCAACAUGGUUCUCUUGUCAAUUCAAAAAUGUAAACUUUUAUGUUAUAUUAUAGUGUGUAUAUAUCAGUGUCAUAAUUUUAUUUUAUUUUUUAAUGUAUAAUCACCACAACCUGCUUUCCUCCUUCCAACCAAGACUGAAACAUGAAAUUUGUGCCAAAGAACACUUUUUAUAGCAAGUGCCAAAUAUAAUAUUUGGACAUUCUUCUUUACAAAAACUGCUUUUUUUUAGAUGUUAAAAUGGUGUUUGUUAAACAUAAACAUGUGUGUAUUUCCUUAUAUAGUUAAAACACUCAGGAAAAAACGUAUAAUGCAGCAAAUUGCAUAAUGUAUGAUUUAUCAAUUCUGCUUUAGUAAAAAGUGUCCAUAUUAAACAGUAGAAUAAUUCCACUU